GGCGUACGCGGGCAGAUGUAUAUAUAUAAAAACCCUGGAACCGGAGGGCUGUUGAACACACCCACACCUCCGGUCGCUUGGCAGUACUGGGCUGCUGAACACCAGCGCACGGUAGCGUACCGGUACCGGGGAGCUCUGCCCAUGGGCUGGCGGCUGCUGCUGCUGCUUCUGCUGCAGGCAGUUUGGAAAGGUGCUUUGGGAAAAUCCCAUUCACUGCACACCCGAGGAAUCAUUGAAUUGGCAGGAGCUAUAUCAUGUGGCACGGGACGGUCUCCCUUGGCAUAUAUUGGUUAUGGAUGUUACUGCGGACUGGGAGGACGAGGCUGGCCUAAGGAUAAAACGGACUGGUGCUGUCACAGGCAUGACUGCUGCUACGACAAGGCGGAGAAAGAGGGCUGCAGCCCGAAGGCACAGCGCUACCAGUGGGUGUGCGAGCGGAGCGCCGUGCGGUGUGAUAACCUGACAGACCGAUGUGAAAAAAUGGUGUGCUUGUGUGACCAAGAAGCAGCCAAGUGUUGGGGAGCAGCCCCUUACAACCGACACUUCAUCCUGUGGCCAGACUUUCUAUGUGGGCAGACUCAUCCCACCUGCCAUUUCAGAUAUGGAGGAUCAAAAUAGUUUUUUAAGGAACUUUCUUCUAAUCCUUUGAAUCUGAACACACUGGAAUAAAAUUUUACCUCUUUUACCAGAGCUAA